CGCAGGAGCGUCGUUUCUUCGACAGCGUCCCGGAUCUGGUGUGAACAGAUUCCUGGUUGGUUGGUUGUGUGAGUGUGUUUGUGAGAGUGUGUGUGAGAGUGUGUGAGAGAGUGUGUGAGCGGGGACACACGGAGCUCCACUCAGGAGCUGGUCGGACGCAGCGCGGAGCACCGAGCGCUCGGCACCAUGGCUGCUGCCGCCGGCCUCGGCGUGGUCGUCUUCCUCCUGCGCGUCCUCGCCGCCGCCGCCGCCGCCGCCGCAGCGCUGGACUCCGCCGCGGAGCGAGAUCUGGCCCAGAGACGCCCACACCUCGCCGGCUGCGUCUCCACCAACAUGGAGACUUUCCGCUGCAGAUGGAAUGUCGGCGCUUUCCAGAACCUGUCUGAGCCCGGAGCCCUGCGCUUAUUCUACUAUAACAAAAAGCCGUUCCUCGCCCAGGCCUGGAGCGAGUGUCCCCACUACAGCACCGAGCGGCCCAACGAGUGCUUCUUCAACGAGAACCACACGGACGUGUGGACGAACUACAGGGUGCAGCUCCGCUCGGCCGACCGGGCCGUCCUCUACGACGAGAUCCAGCUGGACGUUCAGGACAUCGUGCAGCCCGAUCCUCCGGUCAACCUCAACUGGACGCUGCUGAACGUGAGCGUGACGGGAACUCACUACGACGUCCUGCUGAGCUGGACGCCGCCGCAGUCGGCCGACGUGGAGACGGGCUGGAUGAGGCUGCAGUACGAGGUGCAACACCGCGACGUCGCCUCCGACCGGUGGAAGGCCGUGGACCUGGUGAGGAGCACGCACCGCUACCUGUACGGGCUCCAGACCAACGUCGACAACGAGGUGCGGGUCCGGUGCAAGAUGUUCGCCGGGAAAGAUUUCGGAGAAUUCAGCGACUCCGUGUUCGUCCACGUCCCGUCGAAAGUGUCCAGAUUCCCGGUCUUGGCUCUGCUCAUCUUCGGUGCCUUGUGUUUAGUGGCCAUCCUGAUGUUGGUCCUCAUAUCGCAGCAGGAAAAGUUGAUGUUUAUUCUUUUGCCUCCUGUUCCCGGACCUAAAAUCAGAGGAAUUGAUCCGGAGCUACUUAAGAAAGGGAAGCUGAGAGAGCUGACGUCCAUCCUGGGGGCCCCCCCCGACCUGAGGCCCGAGCUGUACAACAGCGACCCCUGGGUGGAGUUCAUUGACCUGGACAUGGAGGAGCAGGGCGACCGGCUGACGGAGCGGGACACGGACUGCCUCGUGGACCGCUCCCUGUCCUCCAACUGCUCGCCGCUCUCCGUCGGCUUCAGGGACGACGACUCGGGCCGCGCCAGCUGCUGCGACCCGGAUCUCCCCGUCGACCCGGAAGUGUCGCCCUUCCUCCCCCUCAUCCCGAACCGAAGCCUCGGCGGGGAGCCGUCGUGCCCGGCGGCGGCGGCGGCGGCGGCGGCGGCGUCCGAGCCGAGCAGCCCGACCGCGGCGGAGCCUCCUUUGGUGGCUCCGGGCAGGGAGGCCUUGUACACCCAGGUGAGCGAGGUCAUUUCCUCCGGCAAAGUGCUGCUGUCGCCCGAGGAUCGCGCCGAGGCGGAGGGAACCGCCUCCAGAGACACGACGGCGGACAAGGGGAAAGAAAAGAACGAUUUUCAGCUGCUGGCGGUAAAUGCGGAUCACGGCGGCUACACCUCUGAGCUCAACGCGGGGAAGCUGAGCGCAAAGUUGUCCACGGCGGACCCGGCGGGAGGCCGCGCGAGCUCCUCGCCGUGUCCUUACCACGAAUCAGACGCCACCGCCGUGUCCUCGCUCGCCUCCGCCCCCGUCUACACCGUGGUGGAGGGUGUCGACGUACAGAACAGCCUCUUGCUGACACCGACACCGGCCCCGCAGCUCAUAAUCCCAAAGGCCGUGGCCGUGCCAGACGGCUACCUGACCCCCGAGCUGAUGGGAAGCGUGACGCCGUAGAGGUCAGAGGUGGGGUCGUGAAAAUAAAUAAUUAAGACCAUUCAAUUCAAAAGGCAGAGAUAUACGCUCAGGAAGGGUCUUGGAAAUUUAAUAUUCCCGAGGUUGUGUUUGUGAACGUCAGCUCGCCCCAAAAUAGUUGAGGGAGCCCAUCUGGGGCAGCCCCCCCCCCCCCCCACAUGGCAGUAAGUUUGGUAUUUAUGACCAAGAGGUGCACAAGAAUGUGUUUUACUGCCGUUGUAAAAAAGGAAAUUAAAAAGGGAAAUAACACACAGGUGGAGGCUGGAAAUCAGGUAAAACAUUCAAAUACCCUGACUCACAAACAAAAACAGGACUGCAACGCGACGCGACACGAAAAACCAUCUUCGCCGGCGACAACUAGAGGACAGAACAAUCCGUAUCAACACCUCAUGAAGUGGUCUCGGGGUCUGAGGUGCUCGCAAACCGUUGCCUUUGCACUUCCUGCAGGCCAAUGAGCAAUUGCACUGUUUGCAGUCGCAUGUCUGUUAUUUCUUUUAGCUGAGGUUUGGUCUCCCAUUAAAAAAAAAUACCUGGCUCUUAAAUCUCGCUUCACCCGAGGAACGAGGAGGAACCUUUGCAGGAAGUGUGUGUUUCCACUGCAGAGAAUUUAGUUCCAGGGAAAUCUUUUUAUUCCCGCCCCCCACCCAAACGUUCCUGCUCAGGGGAUUAGAACUUUAUGAAAGUGCCAUCGACGCCACCUGGUGGUCAGAGUGGAACAGCGUGUCGUAGCCGCAGGAAACUUCUCCCUGGGAAGAAAAAGGUUCCAGGUACUUUUGGACGAGACGGACUCUUAGCUGCUAAAUUCUCCACUAUGUUCAACAACCACGUCUGUAGAGUCGAGAUAAGAGAGUUCCCUUUCACAUAGUCAUUUCAACACAUUUUGAUAUUAAAAAAAAAAGUAUUGACAAGUGCAGCUUCAAAUAUACUUUCACGUGUUUUGUUCUUAACAUUUUGUACUUUUUUUUUUCAAUCAGGAAAAAAUAAUCAGCCACCGUAUUUUUUCAAUGAAUCAUACGUGUGUUUUUUUUCAUUCCUUUUCAUGCUUUAACAUCAAUAUUGCCACAGUGGCAAUGUGACUAAUGAGUAAGCCAUUGCUUGUUUAAUACUCGGUCUUAUCGUGUUGUCGCCGACACGUGAAAAAGAGAAAUCAAGCACGAGCUGCAUGUAACAAUGAUCGACUGGAGCAUAACAUUUUGAAAUGCUUGCCGUAGUUUAUUCCCGUUACACAUAGAUUUCUUCAUUCAUGGUGAAAACUGUGAAAUGUUUUCAGAGCUGACAGCUGAAAUGAUUUUUUCUGGGGAAAUCGUAACAGCUACGUCAGACAGUAUUUUUAUUUUAUUAUAUUUUAUCUUUUAAUGCAUGGACUUUUCAAGUUUGUUUUUUAAAUUUGCUUUCUGGUUAACACUAAAUGGUAGUACUACAUUGUCAUUUAGAAUUUUAUUCAGUUAUUUGCAUUCGAGCUGUUAGUUACAAAUAAACAAUUUUCAUACUUUU